AGAGACUGGUCGUGAGUCGCGAGCGCGUCUUGAUAUUCUACACGAUCAAUGGACACGUCGAUUUCACGAGGAAAGAUCGCCGCGUUCGAGAAGAGCAAAUAUUGUCGCGUUCCGGAUGCUAACGACCGAACGGGCAAACAUAAGGACACACGGAUCGACCGGAUCGCUUCUUCGUAGUUAGAUAAACGACCCAUUGCUGUGGCUCGACGAAAUACAGUACGGCAGAAAAAACUUACCUAUGUACAGUUGACGAGAGAAAAAAGACCGCCGCGCGCGUCACUGCUGGAAAGCAGUGAACAGAAGAAGAUUUGCCGAAAAUGGCAAAUACGAGCACGUUAUCGCUUCCUCGUAUCGAGAAAUCGAUUUCGACUUACGCACCGAAAAACACCGCGACCGUUCGUGGCUUGUCGAACGAUUUCGACGACAUAAUCGAACGAAUUGAAAAUCUUCGGUUCGCGCGCAUCGAUCGUGAAGAAUCCAGUGAGAAGCAGGCCUUAACUUCGUUAAGCGACGACACCGAAGACAAGGAGGAUGGUCGGGACGACAACGGUCGUGGUCCUAACGGGAUUGGCAGCGACGCUGCUGAACAUCACGAUGAUCGGCUUAUCGAGCGUGGACCGAUUAAAUCCCAAUUUCUCUCAGAUUCACGCGAUCGACCUUACUGGACGACCAACGGGCCGAUAUAUUCUUCGAAAACGAACGAAACGUUCGUUCUCGAUUGCGAGGAGACCGCCGAGCAAAUUCUUCGAGACGAAGAAUGCAGAGAGAAAUUGAACGCCUGUCUCGAUCGGUUACAAGACACCGUAAGAACAGUUUCGAACCGUUGGAAUCUCGGCGAGAAUCGAAACUCGUUGGAGAUUCAUGCCGUGGACGCGGACACAGAUUUUCUUUUUAGCCAGACGAGUGCGACGAAUAACGAUCCAAGCGAGGACGCGUUGUUAGAGAUCCUUUCUCGCAACGCUUUUCAACCGGCACAGUACCUCCUCUGCGGCAACAAUCUGGUCACUACUCAAGGAAUCCCUACGACCCAUCACGAUUCUGUGAUCGAUACUACUCCGGAUGGGAGCACCUCGAGUUUCAAAAAUCGCGACUUUGGUUCUACUCGUUCAUCCGGUUCGUCGUCUCGCAUGCGACUUCCACGAACAAACAGUCCGAUCAGUUCACCUGGGCUGGUAAACAGCAGGGUUACCGCAACCGCGUACAGACCCCAGCAGCUAUCGUCGUCUACCUCCAAUUCCUCCUGCUCCCCCUCUUCUUUGUCCUCUUCCUCCUCCAAUCAGUCUUACGGAGACGCACAGAGUCCGAUCGGUUCUCAGUCGAUCUUUGUUUCUCGAAUCGAAGAACGAUUGGGCGAGGAUCUUGGGAAUUUUUCGUUCUGGAUAAAUAAUCCAGAAACCGUUGAGAGUACGGAUGCGUCCGACGUCGUCGAUACGAUCGACAACAACGAAUUACAGCUGGUCGAGGAAGUACUGAGGGAUUUGGGGGAGGAAAAAUCCAAAGUGGAAGAGGCGCGACAUCGUCGUUCGUUCAAGUCGGAAAAACUCACCACGAGUAUAUGUUCGCCGCACGUAAACACGGUAAAACCAAUUGUGUAUCAGGACUCUGAAAUUUCUUCUACGACCCGUCACGAUAUGUGCAAACCUGAACCGCGGAUACCUCCUACCCAGAGACCGAAUUCGAGCGCGACAGCGAGAAACCAGAAAUACCAGAAUCCGGACACGAGUGUCGUAAAUUCCUCGAAGAAGAAUGGAUCGUCCGGCGUUUCGAUCGAACGCCACCAGUCGACUCCUGACCUUUCCUUUUUGCUGCAUCCUUUCGUUUCUUCUUCGUCGACCCUUGAUCCUAUUGUUUCCGGUGUCGACGGUGUCGCGCAAUUUCCUUUUCUCGAAGCUCAUCCGAAUGAACGUUAUGACGAAUUCCGUCCGGCAAAAGUAACGGAUACGAGGGACGACAUUCGGAUACCGAAAAUGGUUGCCUGUUUCGAAUCUGCCAACUGUCGAGUACAAAGGCAUUCCGAGCGUAACAUAAUGCCCUGGCCAUCCUUGAAUUUACCAUCCGUAAGGGCUAGCGAGAGACUGACAGAAGAUUUGAACCCGAAGGAAGUGGAACGCGCUAUGAGCAGUUUGCUGAAAUUAUCGUUGGAGGAACUUGCGAAGCAAGAUGACGACGGGGACACAAUGCUGAUGUGUUUGGUGGCUAAUCCGGACGAGCUCGCGAAGAAAAGAGCAUACUUGGCUCCACUGGUCGAACGAUUGAGUACAGUGAGGGGAGCGCUAUCGGCGAUAAAUAAUCGUGGCGAAGACGCGCUUUAUUUGGCCGCCUUGAACUGUCCGCAAUAUUCGUAUGUCACCGGAUAUUUAGCCGCCACAAUGAUACAAAAAGGGAUUGACGUUAGUCAACGUCUCUAUCACACCCGCGGCGACACGUUAAUACAUUUGGUCGCGGCGCAAGGGGAUUCUCACGUCGACAACAUCGCCGAGUUGCUUGCCUUAAAAACAAUCCAAGGAAACAGGGUGUUCGAUCUGUCCAAGCGUAAUUACGACGGAAAGACUGCUCUUCACGUGGCGAUAGAGUUGCACGAUCCAUCGGUGAAAAAAAUCGUCUCCGUGGCAACCGUGAGACUGUUGCUCGAAUGCGGAGCCGAUCCUAGAGUGAAGGAAACGAAAUGCGGUUACAACGCGUUACACAUGGCGAUCUCGUUAAGCUGCGAUCCUGCUCUCGUCAAGGUGCUGCUCGAUGCGUAUGCCGUAGAUCUAGUGAACACGACCAACUACAAUCACGACACGGCGUUACACGUUGCGGCGGCUGUUUCGGACAACGUACCUUUGGAGAGGCAAAAGGAAGUGUUUUGGCUUUUGAUUCAGGCCGGUGGUCACACAAAUCUGUCGAAUCGAAGAGGAAAGACACCGUUAGCUCUCGUAUCACCGGAGCGGAAAAACACGAUCAAAAGGAUCGUUUACAAAAGGUCGUGA